UGAGUGAGCCAGUAGUGAUCAAGGCUUUGUGAGAGUAAGGUGUACCUCUCCCUCGCUCCUCGGUCCCGAUCCUCACUCGCUGCUCGAAGGAGUUUAUCAGCGGGAGAUGAGUGUGUGAGGGGACCAUCCAGAGGAGCCUUGCCACUGUGCAUUGAUAAGUGUUGCAGAGUGGCAGGCAGUUAGUGGAGUGUUGCAGGCUGUCAUGUGUUUAUGUGUGCUGUGUGUGUCGUGUGCUGCUCUUCUCGUCUGAUGCUGAUUAGCACUUGUGUCUAGGUGUGGAAGAUGUAAUAUGAAGGAAAGACCAGACCACCUCGUCCCGCACCUGUCUCCCGGCCACCGUCACACCUAGUGCAAUGGCGGUCCAAGGUGGCGGGGAGUAGCAGCCACACCAAGGCCCCGCCCUGCCCACUGGCCGCCCCGACCUACCCAGCCGCCCCCUCCCCCGCCCACGCACCGCCCGCCCCCCGCCAUGCCCGCCUCUAGCCGUGACAAAAGCCCCCGGGUCACCAAAGUCUUCACCAGGUUCCCCCAUGAGUCCCGAUCGCCUAAGGGUGUGCAGGAGGGCGCGGCGGAGGCGGCGACGAGGGACCACAACGCCACCACCACUACCACUACUACCACUGCCACAACUACAAUCUCCACCUCCUCCACCGCCACUGCUACCUCCACCUCCACCUCCACUUCCAUCAGCGGCAAGGCCAAGAAGAGCAGGAAGGGCUUCUUGCCGUACUUAAGAGGCCACCGGUCUGCCAAGAAGGAAGAGAAAGAGAAGGAGAAGGAAAAGAAGGAUAAAGCUGAUGGGAGCGUUAAGGGAGGGAGUCUUCCACCUGGAGGGAGAGAGAGCGAAGAGCCACGCCCUGACCACGCUCUUACUGUGGCCGACAAGAAGCCUGCGUCUCCCAAGACAGAUGUUGAGGUGGUGAAGGCCCACGCCGGAUCCAGUGAAAGUGAAGGAGGGGAGAAAGAGCCCCGUGUAGGAGAUGGGGAACCUCCAAUGGGUGAGGGGAACGGUAAGGGGGGCGCUGUGACCCGCACUGUCUCACAGCCCCCUGCCACUGCUACCCACAAGUCUCCCCUUCACAAACUGCAGACCCUCCAGCGCUCCUUUCUACACAACAGGUUCGGCUCUGCGGCGCACGAUGCCAUCGCCAACACCUCCUCCCUCCCCCAAAGCUCCGCCACGCUCCGCCCAGCCCCGCAGCAACGCCCUGUGGCAGCAGUCCGCUACCACACCCUUGGCCCUGCCUCACGGCCCCCGCAGGAGGCUGACGAGGAUGCAUGGUUAGAGAGCCGCAGCAGCACCCUGGAUGCCGUGAGGGCGAGGUUUUACAACCACGUCAACAACCUGACUUACGAAGGCGUGGAUUUCACUGCCUUGGAGGCGAGCCACGUACCGAGCAGCUUCAGCCUGGCCAGCAGGGGGUGUGACGCGCCUCUCCACGUCCCUGCCAGGGAGUUGGAGAAGAGGCCGGCGCGCGGAACCACGAUAGAAUCCAAGUGCGUAGCCAAGAAGAUUCUGCUACAAAAUCUUCUUCAGGAGGACUCGAGAGGGGAAGGUGGGGCGACAACAGCUGUCACCGGCGCCAGCGGAGCUGCCUUUACCACCACCACCACCACCACUACUCCCGACCAGGUGAAAGCCAAACUCAACAUCACAGUAGUGAAGACGCCUGAGGUGUCCCGCCGCGGCCGCCCGGCCUCUAUCAGGGCCACCAGGGCGUCCCAGCGGCGGAAGAAGGUGCCCGCAGGAAACACAGCUACCACUGGUGCCGCCACCAACACAAACAUCACCUCCCACAGCACCGCCACCACCACUGUUACCACUGUCACCACCAGCACCACCUCCCCUGUCGCAACCACCACCACCUCCUCUGUCGCCACUUCCACCACCACCACCACCACCACCACCGCCCAUACCACCACCACCACUUUCGCCGCGGCAUCAGGGCAGCCCCGGGGCGGCGCCUAUGGUCGCGUGCUAUUCCGGGACGGCGCGCCCAUCCCGGAGUAUGCUAAGGUGCACAAGAGGAAGAACUGGAGACCCAAUUUCUUGAGGAGGGGAAUGGACGAGGACGACGAGGAUUUGGAGGACGACGGGGAGGCAGAUGAGGAGGACGAGCCGCUCUCUCAGGCUGCCCAUCAAACGCAGCACUUGCACGAGUCCCCAGCGGAGAAGGCGCCAGUAGUGAAGAAAAUGGAGUCAGCAGGAUACAAGUCACGAAAGGAGCUGGAGCCCACGCUGAAGGUAAACCCCGUGAGACGCGCGGAGAGCUUCAAGACGGGCGGGCGUGUGGUGCGGCGCGGCAGCCUGUCCUACACCUCGCGGGCCAAGGUAUUGGAGGGCGAGAGUUUCGUGAAGAGUCAAGCCGUCAAGCUCCGGCGGAAGGACUCUAAGAAUGGACGCAUGGACCACGUGAAGGGGGCGCGGAAGGCGGAGUACCGACUGAGUGUGACCAUCAAGCCCAGCACUGUGGCGGCGCUGACGGACAAGUUCAACACAAUGAUCUCACAGAACCAGGCGGCGGGACCCCACGACCUCCCGCAGGUCACGCUGCACAAGACGCGCAUCCCGCCCCUCGCCCCAAGAGUCGGCACGGUGCACAGGACACGGCAGAAGUUUGUGCGUCUUGACAAGGAAGGCGUCGGGGUGCUGACAGAGAAGAGCCGCAAAGAGGAGAAGAACAGGGAACAGAGGAGAGGCGUGGCUGCAGGGGAGCUGGCCGUGCUCAACCUGCGGCGGGUGAACGGUAAAUACGGCAGGUCACCCAACACGAAGUCACCCAACUCUAGAUCACCGAAUACAAGGUCACCCAACUCGCGGUCACCCAACUCACGGUCACCGAAUGCAAGGUCACCCAAUUCACGGUCACCAAACUCACGGUCACCAAACUCACGAUCACCAAACUCACGAUCACCAAACUCACGAUCACCAAACUCAAGAUCAUCCACCUCCAGAUCACCCCACUGUAGGUCACCCACCUCCAGGUCACCCACUUCCAGGUCACCAAAGUCACAGUCGCCCUCAUCCAGAACCUCUACGCCCAGGUCGCUCUCCUCCAGGUCACCCACUGCUAGGCCGCCACACUCCAGGUCGCCGUCUCCCAGCUCGCCCUCCACGCCCCGCCCGCCGUCUUCCUCGUCCAGGUCUCCCCCGAUGAGGUCUGCGCGGCCGAGGGCGGUGCGGGCACGUCGUGGCGUGACGAGGAGGCGCAGCUCUACGGGCAUGGGGGACAACAAGACGGACGAGGAGAAGGUGUGCGAGAGGAUUAAGACUGCUCUCUCCUCCUGCAAGUUCAAAGGAGAGAGCGAGGAUGAGGAUACAGAAGACGAGAGCACCGACGAGGAGAAGUGUCAGAGGGAUGCCACGAGGGAGCAGUCACCGCCCUACACCAACAUCGAAGUUAGGCCGUCCUCCACUCUCCGCUUACGACCUCCUGACGAUGUAGGUGAGGGAGGGAGUCUGGCCUCUUCAGUCGCUUCUUCGGCAGGACGAUUAACCGCCACCCUGUCGGAGAGACACGCUAAGUCGGACUCCUUGGACUCUGGCAUCUCCGCUGACGGGUACCAGUUGUCUCCUAGGCUGCGUGUCCCCAGCGUUCCCGGCCACGCCUCUCCGCUCCCUGAGGACUGCUCUCUGGACACUGUGGCUUCCUCAGACACCUUCAGGAGUGAGGACAGCGCCGUGGCUCUGAGGGGUGUGGACGAGGACCCUGAGGACAAAGACUCACAUCAGGAGAAGGAUGUGUAUGCCUGUGUGAACGAAGAAAAAGUAGCGAAGGAAGGUAAGCUCGUGGACUCUGAGGAGAAAGGAAUGAUGGACCUUCUUGAGUCAGAGAGCAAGGAUGUGACUCAGUUUUCAGCGGCCUGCAGUUCCGCCUCACCUGAGGAACCAACGCCUUCUACCUCCCAGUCUGCAGAGACGUCAGCGGAGACUCCAAAGGCCACUCCUGAAGGCUACGAAGAGGAGAAACAGCCAGAGGCGGACUCAAGGUCAGUAGAGAGCAGCGGACUUGACGACGCGACUUCUGAGGUGAGUUCGGUGUGCUCGGAGGCGAAGUCGAAGAAGGCGGUGAAGGUACAGGAGAGUCGCAUCUACACUGCCGUCAAAUCUGCCGUCAAGAACACGGUGAAGAAGACCAAAGAAAAGGACGCCGAGAGGAAGGAGGAGAGGGAGAGGAGGAACAGAUCUCCCUCAGCAGACAGAGAGAAGUGGUACAAGAGAGGGCGCUCCAGGGAGAGGAGGGACAAGAAGAAGGAUGGAGAGGAGGAUAAAUCUGAGGGAGGAGAGGAGUGCGAGAAGGAUAGAGAAGGGAGGACGUAUGAGAGGUUUACGUUCAAGAAACUCAGAGAGAAGAGUCAAGAACGGAAGAAAAAAGCCAAAGAGGAGGAGAAGAAGAAGGAGGAAGAGAAGAAAGCCGCAUUAGAGGACUCGAAGAAGGAAGGGAAGAAUAAGAAGAAAGAUGAUAAAGAGGAAGGAACUUAUGGCAAGUGGAACAUUCGCUCAAGAUCAAGAAGCCGUGACAGGAAGAAAUACAAGGACAAAAUAAUGGAGCAGAUCGCAAAAGAGGAGGCAGAGGAGAGCGAAGUAGGAGGAGGAGCAGCAGCAAUAGCAGCAGCGGGAGGAGGAGGAGGAGAGUCACUCAACCCCCUGAAUGCUUCCACCUCCCUCCAGACUCUCCCUGGUACCUCCCUCACUCUCCCUCUCACCCUGAGGAAGUCACAAGAGACGUCCGUGUUUACCUUCGACACUGAGAGCCUCUAUGACAGCCCCCAGGUGCCCUCCUCCUCCUCCUGCCACUCCAUGACUCUGCCUCCCCCUCCGAAGACCCCGAUACCCUCCCCUCCCUCCUCCGCCACCCUUCCUUUACCUCCCCCACCCAACACGCCCAUCCCAGACCCACCCACGGAGUCAUCCACCUCGGGACAAGAGAGGGAGACCCUGCGUAAGUCUGCAGCAUCGGAUAAGAGCGGCGCGGAGAGUGACAGCAGCGGCGAGACGGAGAACAUCUACGAGAACCUUUAUGCUCCGAACCUUGAGAAGCUGCAGCGCAACAGAGAGAAGCUUGAGGGGCGCGGCAUUCGACCCAACUGUUCCUUCCUGUGGAGCGAGGGCAGCAUACCACACUCAGGGUCGGUGGACAUGCCGGAGCUGCAGGAGGUGGAGGCGGACGAGGACGAGGAGGAGGAGCCCGAGCGGUCGCCCUUCACACGUCAGCCUGGCGUGCGGAACUACUGUCGCUACGGGAGGACUGCCUUUCCUGGGCGGGUGAAGGAGAGCGCCGCGCACCACAGCUAUGCCGAGCUGACACAGCGAGGCGGCGCCGAGGACACCCACACAGUGUCUUAUGACUACAUUGGGGCGGCGAGUGCUGUGAGUUACGAUGACAUACGGGCACCGUCGUCCUGUGGGUAUGACGAUAUCCGCGCGCCCUCUACGGUGGGUUACGACACCAUCCAGCCGCCGUCCGAAGGCUACGAUACCGUGAACCCGCCUCGCUCUGACUCCAGCCAGUACGAUGACUGUGAUGGUGGCGUGGUGACGGCACACUUCGCGGUGGUACGGGAGGACCAGCUAGACUCCAUCAGCUACAUGUACGACGAAGUGGCGAUGUACAACGCCUCCCAAACCUCCCACUCCUAUGAACCCGUCAAUCCGCCCGGCGCCGUGCCCUGCAUCCAGGAAGUGCCUGAGGCUGAGGCAGGCUCGCCCGACCCUCGCGAUGACUGCAACCCCACGGCGCGUGACGGAGGCUCCCCCUAUGCUAGUGAAGAUGGAAGUGAAGGCGGCGUUCACGAAGUCUUUUCCUACAAGCUGACCCGUAUUGGGGCGUCGCUGGAACUCACGCCCACCAGCACCACCACCACCGUCCUCCACCCGCCGUCCUCCCCGCCCACCACCCACGCCCCAGCCAUUCCCUCCUCCAGAAGUUACGGAGGCCCAGUACCGUCUCCUUUCAUGCUUGCCGGAGAGGGAGCGGAGGGGGCGCCAUCUCCCUCUCUCUCACCCACGGAGGGGAAGAGCGAGACCUCGGAUGAAUGGGUAGACCUCAGUGACACAGAGACGGACACCAGCAUCUGUGGCCCCGUCAGGAUUACCACGCAGAUACCCUUGUUGAGAGUGAGGCAGAGGUCGAAGAAAUGGCGCCCACGGUACUGGAAGCGAACCUGGAGUCAAGCCGCCCACGUUCACGGCGCCCACGAUAAGGAUGAGGACGAAGAAGAGGAAGAGGAAGAAGAGGAGGUCGACUGCUGGAGGGAGGGAGGAGAAUCUGAGGAAGAAGACACUGGAGGGGAUCACUAUGAAGCCAUUUAUGAAGUCAUCAGUCCAGCUCAUGAAGACUGCUAUGCACGCCAAGAUGAUCCAGAUUUUGAUGACUCCUUUGACUCAGAUGACUCGGAUGAUGCUUACUGUCGCCUUCGCCCACAGUUCCCAGAUGAAAACUCACAAGUCUCAAGGGAACACCAUGAUUCCCUGAGAUCUGAAGAGUCUGAAGCAGGGAAGCAGGAUGAGAAUGUAACACAGCAACACCACCACCAGCACCAGCAUGGCAUCACCAAGAUAGCCGAGGCUGCCAAUCUGGGCAUGAGGCGACUAAGGCGGAAUUGGUCCCUCACCAAGAAUGAGGUGCGCACAGGCCUCAACAGGAUCAAGAAGAAGAGCACGUUUAGUGCCUCAGACAUCAAAAGCACAGAAAAUCUGGCAAGUGACCACAGUCCCAGCAAUGAGGAGAAGAGAAAGUGGUCCUUCAAGAGUCAUUUCAGAAGAAAAUCAUCUACUAGCUCCCUGUCAACAGUGGUUAGUGGGGCUCCUCCUCCACCACAAAAGAAGGAGUCAGCCACCUUCUACCUCACAUUGACCAUUGAGGCAGGAGCUCAGGAUGCCGGUGAGCUCUCAGAUACCUCACAGCCCACUGUGCGCUCUGAUGCUGAGAGUGUUGUCUCAGGGGCCAGUGUGCGGGAUGUCCGCCAUUCCAACACUCCCUCCAUAGCCUCUGUUACCACUCUGGCCUCUGCUGAUGGUGCAGUGACUCGUCGGUCUGCUCCAGUGACUUAUAGCAGGAAGAACUCUACUGGAUCUAGUUCUGGUGGCCCAGUAAGACCCCGGACUGCCCCACCCGCCCCGCCACCCAAAGUCACAGACAGGAAUAGUGAAAAGGCUGAGAAGGCCAGCAGAACAAGUGAUGGAGAGCCGGAGGAGCUGAGCAAGACAGAGGUUGCUUCCCGCCUCAACCAGCUCCUCUCCUGUGGUCCGAUGGUGCCCCCUGGCCGCCGUGUUCUGCGCACCUCAGGUGACUCCAGCAGUGACGCCUCCCCAAUCCCUGUGUUGGUGCACCCAGAUGAUGCUGGCUGCACUGGGCUACGUCCCAACAGUGUCAAAUAUGCUACAAUAGAUGGAGCCACAUCCUCAGCUACAGGAGACUCCAGUGGUGAUGAGAGACUGCUAGGGGCUGAGGCAGUAGGAGGUCUGGUCUUCAAUAUGCCUCGGGCACGCACUUCUGUGGCCAGCUCUGGGUCUCAUGGCUCCAGUGAGGGCUACAUUCGUCUGGGUGACAUUGCUUCAGCUCCCCCACCCUUGCCUGCGCGGCGAAACCCAAUCCCAUCUGCACCAAAGCCAAGCCGUUCUCAAUCUUCUGGUCUGCUUCACCUGCCAUCCAGCUUGCUGGAUGGUGACAACAACAGCUACCUGGACUUCAGUGUUAAUGCCCUCAUCCAAGAUGAGCCACUCUAUGUCAGCUCUCAUUUUGCUGACGAGCCUUUGUACCAGUUUUAUACAGCAGGUGUGCUGGAGCGAGCAGCACAUAACCAGGGAGACUGCUCCUCUGAGGAUGACUAUGAGGUCAUAAAUGAUGGACAUGGAGGUGGGAGUGGAAAACUGCAGACCCGCCCAUCAGCCAUGGAAUUGGUCACUCCUGCAGAUGGCCGGCGCACGCUGUGGUGUGAGCUGCCUGAAGUAAUAGACAGUGGCCUAUUGAGCCAAAUCAAUGGUCAGGAAAGGAAGAUCCAAGAGGCAAUGUUUGAGAUGAUCACCUCUGAGGCAUCUUAUCUCAAGUCCCUCAAUGUAUUGGUGACUCACUUCGUUCAGUGCCCAGAGUUCAUCGAUGAGGGAGAAGAUGCUGUGCUGAGCCGCCGCGAAAGACACAUCCUCUUCUCUGACAUCCUUCCUGGUGAGUCUUGCUGGUGACAGUGGUGAUAUUGGUGCCACCAUUGCCAUU